CCUCCACCCCACCCACUUUAAAUGAAAAGAACAGCAUUACCAGAGUCAUCAAGACCUUAUAAAAGACACAAUGACAGACCAUUCAACAUUACUGUAGGUUCAAGCCAACAACAAGAGGAAGAACCUUUGUUGGGCGGUAAAACAAAGGGCGCUGUCUAUCUUCGUGACCAACACAAGGAAAAACCUUCAUUUGGAACAUUCAAUUAUGGCAACUUUCCCAGUUACUACUCGUCAGUUUCUAAAAUUAAAUAAAAACGCUCACCCCCUUCAUUCAAUACAAAAAAAAAGCAUAGAAAAAUUAACACGAUUUGCAAUAUAUAGAACACGACAUUUACAAGGCGAUGCGCUCAUCGAUCAUCGCAUCGAUAUGUUGGAUCCGACCUUAUUCAAUGGUAAAUACAUUUUGGAUAUCGGUUGUACCUCAGGCAACAUUGCCAUUGCCUUGGCCAGAAAAUACAAGCUAGCAUACAUCAAGGGUGUCGAUAUUGACGAAACACUCAUCAAGAAAGCAAUCAACAAUCUACGCGCUACGUAUUCAUUAAGAAAACCAGGAGAGACUGUCCCAGAGUCAUUUGACCUUUCCUUACGCUCUCAUUACUUUCCACAAAGCAUGACCAAUAUGUUUGGUAUGAUACCCAUGGCUGUCCCACCCAAUUUCCCAAAGACCGAAUUUCCCUGGACCGUCGACUUUGAGGCGGUGGAUUGGGCUAAAGAUGUGUACGAUGAAAACGAGCCGAAAUACGAUACACUCAUGGCUCUGAGUGUCACGAAAUGGAUCCAAUUACACCAUGGUGAUAAAGGCUUAAAAUCCUUCUUUAAAAAAUGCUACGAUGCUUUACGCGAAGGAGGUACUUUGGUCUUGGAACCCAUCGAAAUCAAAUUUAAAAAAAUGGCCAAAAAACUACAUGUUGAAAAGGUCGAUUAUCAUUUCUUACCUGAACAUUAUCAUGACUUUUUAAUUCAUCAACUUGGAUUUCGUGAAAUGCAGGAUUUAGGGUGUCCUAAAGGAUCCAAAACACCAAUUUUAUUGUUUAUCAAGUAAAACAAAUGUACCAUUUAAUAAAUCAUGUAAAAAGUAGUUUUGUUUUUUUUGGGCCUCAUACGAACAUGAACUGCAU